CGUCCAGACAUGGCGACUCAGUGGAUCUCACGAGAUUGCAUUUUUCUUCUGAUGAAACAGUUCACCAACUACCAAUAAGACAAUAUGCUUCAAAUGUAGGUCUCGAACAUAUGGUUCGUGAGCCUUCAAAAUCUACUGUUGUUUGGGAAUCUUCCCCUAUUACAAGUGAAGGAGUGCUGCAGAGCUGCGGUUCUGUACCACCUGUGUUAACACAUGCUACUGGUGCGCAUCAGCCAGUAGUAAAUUCAUAUGCAAGGGAAGGAGUGCUGCAGAGCUGCGGUUCUGUACCACCUGUGUUAACACAUGCUACUGGUGCGCAUCAGCCAGUAGUAAAUUCAUAUGGCAGUGGAGGUGUCGUUCAGAGCGGUUUUGCACCAUCUGUGUCAACACUUGCUACUGGUGCGCAUCAGCCAGUAGUAAAUUCAUACGAAAGUGGCAAUCGUCAAGUUGGCGAUGGGAUUUAUCAGGCGGUACCGAAUUCAGCUUUGCCACUUCAAACAGCAACAAGUGCUGUUCCUCCAGAUUAUGGUGCUAUGAUUAAUGCUCUGCGAGAAGGUUUCACAUUGCCCAAAGUUGAACUGAUGGAGUUUGAUGGAAAUCCCCUGCGUUUCCAUGCCUUCAUGAAGUCAUUUGAGACUAACAUUCAUUGUCACCAACAUGCGCCUGAGACAAAGCUUGCACAGCUGAUUCAAUUGUGUUCUGGCAUCGCAAAGGAUGCCAUCAAGAAUUUAGUACUAGUGUCGCCACCAAGCAAGGGCUAUCAGAUGGCGUGGCAAACCUUACAUGAACAGUUUGGUAACCGAACUGUGGUAAUUGAAGCUACAAGUAAAGAGGUAACAAAUGGUCCCAAGAUUAUGGACGAUGACACUCAAGGACUUUGCAAGUUGGCCACUCAACUGCGUAAUUGUGAGAUUGUGCUUAGUGAGUGGAAUGCAAAUUCAUUCAUGGAUGGCUAUGAAAAUCUUGAGCGUGUAUUCUCACGUCUGCCCAUGUACUUGCAACGAAAGUAUGCGGACCAAUUUGAUGACAGUAAACUUCCUACAUUUUCACACUUGGUUGCAUUCGUGGUGAAGAAAGCGCAGCUAACUACUACAUUUUAUGGUCGGAUUGUGACCAAGAAUUCUGCCAAACAGAAAUCAACUAUUCGAGUCACCAAACCUAGGAUGACAAGAACUACAUCGUAUGCAGUCACCAAUACCCAAGAGAAGACUCCAGGACCCAAGGUAGCUGAUUUGCAGUACAAGUGUGUGGACUGUCAAGGAAAUCAUGCUUUACACAACUGUGUCGAGUUUAAAGGGAGAAGUGUUAAUGAUCGCGCCGAAAUGGUGAGACGAAAUAAUCUUUGCUUUAAUUGCUUGUAUCGUUCUCAUCGUGCAAAUAAUUGUCCUUCUAAAUAUGUGUGUCAAGUGAAUGGCUGUGGUAAAUUACAUCACAGUUUAUUACAUGUUGAUCAAAAGAAGCCACCAACCACUGGUGCUCAUUUUUCUAGCAAUGCUAAUUCUCAAAAUAAUGUGUCUGCCCCCAAGAAAGAAAAUGGGGCCGGUGCUUAUUUCGCAAAUGUUAAUUGUUCGGAAAAUAUUCAAAAUUUUGUUAGACUUAAGGUUGUACCUGUGGAGGUUACCAGCAAUGGUGCUUCUGAUGCUGUGUGUACUUAUGCCUUUUUAGAUGAAGGGUCUACCAGAUCCUUGUGCUCCCACAAUUUACUUGCAAAAUUGGGUAUUGAGGGUAAACCUGAAGAUUGUAUGCUCGCAACAGCGAAUGGUAGUAAAUUACACAGUGGUAAAACAGUUUCACUGAAAGUAAAAGGUUGUGAUUCGGAAAGGGUUGUUGACAUUCCCAAUGUUUUGGCAAUUAAUUUACCCAAUUUAGAGAGUUCUAUCCCGACUGCUAAUGUGUUGCAGAAAUAUCCUCAUUUGGGUGAUUUGGAAUUUCCUGUGCUAGGAUCUAGUGAGGUUGAUUUAUUGAUUGGUGCAGAAGUGUUAGCCAAUCAUCCCAUUUCUGAAAUUAGGCUUUGUGAUCAAAAGGCAAAGUUUCCCGCUGCUCACAGGACAGUAUUUGGUUGGGCUCUUUUCGGUCCUGACAGAACUAUGUCUCAUAGCAGUUGUGAAAGUGUAAGUGAUGUUUCAUGUCCUCGUCUAAAUACUGUGUGUGCAUGUGAUACUGAUCAAUUUUUGUGCAAAAUUUGUGGUCAUGAUUUUAUAGAUUUAGAUUGUGAUCCCUUCACCACUGAACAUUCCCUAGAUGAUAAGAAAGCUCUUGUAGUGAUGAAUGACACUGCAGUAAAAGUAAAUGGGAGGUACCAAGUUGCUCUUCCAUGGAAAGAUAAAAAUAUUAAACUUCCAAACAAUCGUCAAAUGGCAGUGAAAAGAUUAGAGUCCCAAAAACGAAAAUUCAUUAGGGACCCUGAUUUAUUUUUUAAAUACAAGUCCAAAAUUAAUGAUUACUUAGACAAGGGGUAUGCGGAAAUAGUGCCUGAGGGUGAUCCUGGGUCUCUGGGUAGGACUUGGUAUAUGCCACACCACUCUACUGGGGCCAAGUUCCGGGUUGUUUUCGAUUGCAGUGCGGAGUGCGGCGGCACUUCACUUAACAAGAAUUUACUUUCAGGUCCAGACCUAAAUACGAAUUUGGUGAGUAUUCUACUGCGGUUUCGCGAGGAAGCGGUUGCCUUUAUUUGUGAUGUGCGCGAAAUGUAUCUACGUGUUAUUCUGGACAGUCGAGAUCGUGAUGCGAUGCGUUUUCUGUGGUAUCCGAAUGACGACUUGGGAAAGAAACCUAUUGAUCUGCGAAUGUGUUCGCAUGUUUUUGGCGCGACGUCGAGUCCUUCGAUUGCGUCAUUUGUGUUGAAACGUGUCGCUGAUGACAAUCUAACGAAUGCUGAUCUGGAAACGAUACAGACAGUGCAACGCAGUUUUUUCGUUGAUGAUGGUGUGAAGUCGAAACGUACCGUCGAUGAAACACUUCAAUUGAUAAAUCAGCUGAUCGAAUUACUCGCAUCGGGUGGGUUCUGUCUUACAAAGUUUGCUUGUAAUAAAAUUGAAGUAAUGGAAGCGAUUCCCGAGGCGGAUCGCUCUAACCGCAACGAAAGCGCUUGA